CUCCUUCCUCCCACUCACUGUCUUCAUUCUUUUUCCACCCACAGGAGCCCAGAAACCCUCCAUGUCAGAGAUGCUGUGGCUGCUGUCCCUGCUAUGGGCAGGGUCCCUGGCUCAGGAUGAAAGACUCAGGCUGACAGUGCAGACACCCGUGACAGUGCAGGAGGGCCUGUGUGUUUCUGUGUCCUGCACCUUCACUGCCCUGUGGACCUCUGGGACUUCUAUCCCUGCAUAUGGCUCCUGGUUCCCAGAAGGAGCUAAUGUACACCACGAUGCUGCUGUGGUCACAAGCAACCCAGCUCGUAACGUGCAGGAGGAGACCCAGGGCCGAUUCCACCUCCUCGGGGAUCCCCGGACCAACAACUGCUCCCUGGACAUCAGAGACGCCAGGAGGACAGAUGAGGGAUUAUAUUUUUUUCGAGUGGAGAGGGCAGGUUACCAAGAGUUUAAAUAUUCUUACAUACAGGACAUGCUCUCCGUGCAAGUGACGGCCCUCAACCACACACCCCACAUCCUCAACCCAGGGCCCCUGGAGAGCGGCCACUCCAGGAACCUGACCUGCUCUGUGCCCUGGGCCUGUGAGCGGGCCACGCCCCCCAUCUUCUCCUGGACAACAGCUGCCCACACUGCCCUGGGCCCCAGGACCCGACUCUCCUCCAUGCUCACCCUCACCCCACAGCCCCAGGACCACGGCACUGACCUCACCUGUCAGGUGCAUUUUCCUGCCGUUGGUGUGACCGUGGAGACAACCAUCCAGCUCAGCGUCACCUGUGUCCCGGAGAACCCAACACCAGGUGGUUGCCUAGGAGAUGGCAAAGGUAAGAAGGGAGCCAUCAUGGGCUGUAGGGAGCAAGGCCUCUUCCAGAUCAGGACAGGGCUGGACCCUGGGUCAUCCUGA